CGUAACUACUUUGAUUCAGUGAAUAAAUCAUAUGAGGUGGUCACGAGAUUUUCUAUAGAUACAAGCAUUAUGCUUGGAGUGUAAUUUAAUGGAGUUUCUUGAUUUCGUGAGAGAAUAUUAUAUAGCAUAGAUGUGCGUGGGGAAUAAGCCUUCUUCUCUGGCCACCGUGGAUUUACAGCUGGCCUUACAUCGAAGGCCAACGAACUGUGCCGAAUGACGAAUGUUACAUCCAGUUCAUCGAAACGAACCAUUACAUCACUUUCGGUACAGCGAUCGCUGCCUUCUAUGUUCCAGUCUCUGUCAUGUGCUCCCUUUAUUGGCGGAUAUGGAGGGAGACGGAAAAGCGACAGAAAGAUCUUCCCAACCUUCAAGCCGGAAAGAAGGAUAGUAGUAAGAGGAGUAACUCUAGUGUAUUCGUGUGCAGUGACGAGGCCAACAACGCCUGCUCGGUGGCCGAUCCUGAGGUCGACUGGAGGAGGCCGAGGUCGGAGUCUUCCACUGGGGCUGAUACGGACUCCGUCUACAUGCACGGAUCGGUCUGCGUCGAUCAUUAUCGGAGGAAGCGGCCAAUAAUCCUAAUGUCCGACCGGAUGAACCACCGUCGAAGCUUCGGGGGUCCCCUUGGAGGCCUGUGGCGCAUCCAGGCAUGGUGUGUGGCGUGGUGGCACUCGGGUCGGGAGGAUGCUUCGGACACGGAAGAGGAGAGUCCCAGCGAACAGGGACAUGGGUGCGUAACGCCCGUUUCCUUAGAUACGCCUUUGCAGAGCACUGUCAGUAGGUGCACAUCGAUGAACGUAAUCAGGGAUUCGUAUAUUUCAACUGGUGUCAGUGGUGGCGCAAUUCCCCACCACAUGCAGUCUUCCCCUCAACGAAUGGCCGCCCGCGAUACCAGGAGCCUGCCUGCAGCCACACGAAUGCAGACGGGUGUGGGAGCCCCUACGACUGUGGCGACCCCUGGGGGCCGGUCGAUGAGUAGCGACAGCGUUUACACAAUCCUCAUUAGGCUACCUGCGCCCCAGAUUGAAACGGGGGGAAGCAAUACUACGUCUGCUGGAGGGCAGACGGAAGGAGCGUCGAUUAAGAUGAUCCCAGAGAUAACAAGAAACCACGUAGAUGGCACCACCGAUUAUACAAUGCUCCAAAAUCAAACAAACUAUCACCUAAAUAGGAGACCGUCAGCAAUGCCCGACAUUCGAAUUCCGCUGAAUGCUAAGAUUAUUCCGAAGCAACUGGCUGGCGGAGGCAAACAGCACAUCAGCGCUAAUGCUUCGUCUGCAUCUAAUAUCGCAGCUGUCAAAAAUCCAGUUAAG